AUGGGAAACUGGCUUGAGGCAAGAAUGUCUCCCGGAACUACAUUUGCGCUUCAAGUAAUCAUGGUUGGAAUAAUUGUACUAGAUUUUGUCCUCGGUGUAGUAGGCGCAGUGAUUUACGCUGUUCAUUCGAAGAAGAUUUCUAAAAAAUUGAGAUUGCGGCAAUAUGGUCCUCCUCCGAUGUCAGAAGGAGACGCAGGAGGUGAAGAGCCUUUACCACUUGUCGGACCAGAACAAGAAGAGGAUCCAGCAUUUGGAUUUGUGGGAAUGCCACGAAAUCAACGAAAACAAUAUGCAAAGUCUGAUAAUAGAUUCCUCGUAAUCCCACCUGCAGUGCCAAAGCAAAACAAAAAACGAACUAACAUGAUGCGAGAGGGUGCAGUUCAGUGA